AUGGGUCGACGCCAUCGCCGAUCCAAAGUGACCCGGGUGGUGAACCUGGUCAAGCGGAUCAUCGCCUUCUUCUUUUCGCACGUUGGACUGUGCGCGUUGGUAAGCGACUGAUUAGGCUUGAUAAGACAUGGUUUUGUUUACAUGUUUGUUUGUGUGCUAUUUCUGACCCGGAUUUAGUAUUUUGAAAAUUUUUUUCAUGAAUCACAGCAGAAUUUCAUUCUUGAUUCCAAACUACAGUAACUGUCCUGGUAAAGCCAAAAAUUUUUGAAUUUUCUUAACUUUAUACCUACAUUUCAAAAAAUAUGAAAGUUUAUAAAAUCUUUGUUUUAGGUAGUAGGCUACGCAUUGCUGGGAGCAGUGGUCUUCAGAGCAGUCGAGUUACCUCAUGAGACCGAAGUGCAGCGUGACGUUUUAUUGGCUAGACAGAAAGCCGUAGAUGUCGCGUGGAAUGCCACAUUCCGAGUAAACAAGCUGGAUAAAAUACAAUGGGAAAAGAUUGUUUAUUCCGAAGUAGGUAACCAAAGUCUUGGACUUAUAAGCCUAAAGCCAUAAUUUUAAAAUUAUGGCUUUAGGCAUUUCUAAACGUACUGUGAGCCUGAAAAAAAGUUUUGGGCUCAAAUCUACACGCACUUCAGCUCAUUUUAUAUCAAAAAAUUGAUUCCAUCCUCUAACACAAAAAAAAAUUUUUUUUACCCCUCCCUAAAAAUUUUUUUCAAUACACAAGAUUUUCAAAAAUUUCAUUUUCAGAUCAAGAAGUUUCAAAAAAAGUGCAUGUGGGCCAUUCGUCAAGGCUACGACGGCAAAGAACAUGGCGUUUCCGCUCAAUGGACCUUCACCGGGGCUUUCUUAUAUUCACUUACUGUUAUUACCACGAUUGGGUACGGUAAUACGGCCGCCAAAACUUAUAUUGGAAAAACAUUGACGAUUUUGUUUGCGAUUAUUGGCAUCCCACUUAUGCUGCUCUUCUUGACCAACAUUGGUGAUGUUAUGGCCAAGAUUUUUAGGUAAUAAAAUAUUUUUCAACAUUAAUUUUUAAAGGUUUUAUUACAAAAAAAGUUUCGAAAUCGCAUUUUUUUAAAAUUUUUUUUAAAAUUUCACCUGAUUUUUUAACUUUACAAUCAUAAGCCAAAUUUUUUAAAUUUAAAAAUAAAAUUUUUAGAUUUUUAUACGCCAGAUCAAUACGUUUGAAAUACAAACUAAUAUUAUGGCAUAAAAAAAGACGAGCUGCCAAAAUUCGACGAGCAAAUUCAUUAGUCGCUAAACUAGCAAAAUCAUCUUCAAGUCGACAUUGUAAGUUUAAAAAGCUAGAAAAAUUAUUUUAGUCUUAUUUUUGGGCUUAUAAUUAAUUACUUAGUGACUUAUUUGAUAGAUUUUUUAUUAAAAUGUGUAUGAUAAUAUAGUAAAUGAAUUCUAUAAACAAUUACUGUAUUAACAUAGAUAUUCCAAUGUAAAUACAAACCGUCGCAACGCAAAAACAAAACUCGACCCAGAUUAUUUUGUACCUAAAGCAAUAUAAGCCAUCCUCAAGCAAGCAUAAUAAACUUUCCCAAGAUAAUAUUCACCUUUCCAAUCCAACUAAAACCAUAAAUUUUCAGACCUAGACCUAAACUCGAUCCGAGGCUUCAACCGUGACGAUUGUAGCCUAGAAUCUCUAGGUGUUUCAGUCAACAACACCAGCGAUGUCCACGAACUUUUAGCCGCCAAGGCUCACCUUGACCAGUUGGAAGUGAAAGAAAGUGUCGAAGCUCAACUACAACGCAUAUCUGUCCCGUUAUCACUAGUUUUAUUCACGAUGCUGGCAUAUUUAGUCGCUGGUUCUGUAUUGUUUUGCUUAUGGGAGGAAUGGACAUUCUUGGAUUCGUUCUAUUUUUGCUAUAUUUCACUUACUACCAUUGGUAAGUUGGUCGUUUUAUGUAAAAAAGCUUUUUUAGGUAACAAUUUAGGUAAAAAAUACUUUUUUAGCUAUAACGUGGGUUUUUAACAGCUAAUACAUAAAAAUAUUUUUUUUUCAUCUACUACAAAUUCUAAUUUUUCAAAAAUUCUAGGCUUCGGCGACAAAUUCCCCGGCGCAUCGGUAGGCAAUGACAAAAAAGCUCAAGAAAAACUCGUAAUAACCAGUGUGUACUUGUUGUUUGGCAUGGCUCUGCUUGCUAUGUGCUUCAAUUUAGCUCAGGAAGAGGUGGUAAACAAGGUGGCGUGGCUGGCCAACAAAUUCCGCAGUCGCGACGAGGAUGAGUAUGAUUAG